AUGUGGACAUCGGCAACGAAGCUCGCCGAACUGAAGCGGCUUCUUGAUGAGGGUGCGCUGACGCGAGAGGAGUUCGAGCUGCUGAAGGCGCGGGAGAUUGGUGGUUCUGCGCCUCCUCCUUAUGAGCAAGGGGUGGUGAUGGGCAAAACGCAGCUGCUCUGGUCGCUCCUCAUCAUCUCCUACCUGGUCGUGAUGAUGUCAGUGGUGUGUCUGAUCCUCAUCGAGCUGAGCCCGUAUGAGCGGUGUUGCAUUGAGAUUUCUGGCUGGUGCAAGGCAGUGCUCCAACUCCUCUCGAGCGGCCACCUUCUCGGCGUCGCCGUGGCGCUGCUCAGCUUCGAUGCGAAGGGUUACAGCGUCGGGUGCGCUGCUGCGGCCCGCAGCAAUUUCAAGGUGCUCAAAGUGCUGCUGCUUGGAAGCCAGGACUUUGUGAGCGAAUCGGUGGGCAAGAACUCCUACCGGCAGGAGUCCAAGGCUCCUGCGGCAGCCGCGACGGAGCUCUGCUGGUGCGGCUACUGCUCAAAAUUCGGCACGCCAACGUUAGACACAGGCCCGAGCGGCGACCACACCACCGGCUCGGGCUCCUACCUCUUCACCGAGGCCUCUGGAAUCUACAACGCGCUGCACCAGCUCGAGAGCCCGCUCUUCUCGCUCCAGCAGGACGCAGCCCUCUCCUUCACCUUCUUCUACCACAUGUACGCCGAAAAGGAUUCAUACUUCUCGAGCAUGGGCACCCUCUCCGUUGAGGUUAACAACAACGAGACGGGCUGGUCGACGCUCUGGAGUGGGACUGGCCCCGUUGCCAGCGACUGGCGCAACGCGGCGGUCGUUCUGCCCGCCUCGGCGACGCGGGUGCGCAUCAACGGCUUGACGGGGCCGUCCUUCGAAUCAGACAUGGCGCUGGACGACCUGGGCUGCGAUUUCGAGGUCGACACCUGUGUCUGGUUCGACACCGCGCCGGACGGGUACUCUUGGACCCGCACGAGCGGCUUCACGCCAUCAGGAGGCACAGGCCCUGGGUAG